ACUGCCAAAGAGUCGAGUCCAUUGCCGAGCUACUAGCUAGGCAAGAAGACGAGAAGGUCUUGCCAUUGCCGCGAGCUGCAAAACCCAUAUCUACAUCGUAUGCUGUUGAGCGGACCCCAAUGGAAAUUCCCUACCAGCAACCUCACCGAACCUGGUACUGCGUACUGUACUCAAUUGCCAAUGUUCUUGCUCUGGAUGGGCAGAAAGCUGCGGCAGCAGACAUUUUGUCACUGCGAGAGCAUAUCCAGCAGACAAGUACCGUCAAGGGCGAACCAUCAAAAGAGUGAACGGGUUGCUCCGGAAAUGCUAUGGUCUGCAGCUUGUCAAACUUGACCAUCAAAACUUUGAUCCAUUUGGAGACGUUGUGUAGGGGCAGCGGGGAGGAGAAAAUGAAAAUACAUGUACACUUCUUCCUCUCUACAUUGUGGGCCUGAAAUCGGCACGAGGGUAUGCCGUACGCCAUUGUGUUGGUUUGUUUGACAGGCACAUUAUCGAGCCAUCUUUUCUUGAGACACUACCCUGCAAUGUGGAUUCUUUCAACAGCAUCAUGUCUGGUGUUUUUGCAUGGGAAGGUGGUCGGGCCCAGUUUGGAGGAUGCUCCUUCUGCUAUGGAGUUGAGAAGCUGCCUCAGAAGGGCAAGAGGAAAGGAAGAGAAAGUCAUCAGCUUCUCCCAUUGCUCCUCCAGUGGUUCAAGAUGGCUGCAACACCAAUGCUGCACUUCCAGUUUGAUUGGAAGUUGCACAAUAGCAAUUGCGUCCGAAGGGGCGAAAAGUGGGAAAAGAAGGAGAUUCGGGCUCAGCCGCUUCCAAAACAACUUCAUGAGACGACAAUCGAUCUGUAACUGGGGUCAGUUCACAGAAAAACGUUGCAGGGGCCAAAACUACAUACAUGUAAUCAACUAUCCAAACUAUCGGGACAGACGCCGGUGUUGCCUUUGCUCGGGUGCUACAGCACUACUAGAACGUAGGUCCCAACUAAAUGUAGCAUUGG